GCUUUUGUUGAGAAUAUUCGACAAAUUUCCAUGGAAAAAUUUUGAUUAUGAUUGUACAAGAGAGCAUAGAUGUAGCGGCGUCACGAGUACAGUUGAAUCAUUAAUAGUCUCGUCUUUCCAAAUAAAUUCACUUUCAAUAUGAAAUAUCUUUUUAUCUAUUAUUCUAAAGUCAAUAUAAUAUAGACCAAAUCGGACUAACUUUUUUUUCUCUACAAUUUUCCCAUCAUGCCCCACCCACCAUAUCGCGACUUAAAGGUAUGAUAGUAACAAUCUCGUGUUGAAAAGUUGUAUUUUAAUUUUCCUUACUGUGCUUUAUACGACUACUGCCUUAUAUAUGUAGAAUCGAACAAACGUUUUUCGCGCUUUUUAUAAUUACUAUUAAAAAAAAAAAAAAUGAAAAAUUUAACCAAUAAUUCUAUCGAGAAAUUAAUUCUAAAAUAACUCGUUUUUCUAACCUCAUUUUUUUUCAACAACAUUGUUUUGUUCAAUUAUUUUCCUUAUAAAGGUAUUUUUAAAUAUUUUGCAUUUUUCUAAUUAAUUUAAUUAAUUAGGUUAAAAUUUGGUUUAAAAAUUGUUUUCUAAAUGUAGAGCUGAAAGAAAUUUUCAUAUAAAAAAAAAAUUGCAUUUUUUUUUGGGAGAUUCGAUAUUGCAAAAUUCGAUUACAGAGGGAUUUCAUUGAGAAAAAGGUUUUAUUUUGUCUCGUGGUGUCUGCAGGCUAUCAGCAGUUAGUUUCGACGGCGCGUCCGUGGUACAAUAUCAGUCAAAAGUGAAUCGUCAUAUGUACAAAAAAGUGAUGUGUGAUUAAAGAUAACUUUGAAACAGUUGAUUAUUCAGUAAUACAAUGUGCAGAAAAUCGAGUCAGUUUUUUUUUCUCUACAUCUUUCUCAGGACGCCCCACAUUCAAUUUUACAAAAUAAGACCUCAUAUUUGGAAAUCAUAAUCACAAAACGUAGGAUAAUUUUUGAGGUUACUGUACUAGAGCAACAUAGUUUUUAAUAAAUGAUAAUUGCUGAAUAAGAACUUAUCUAAUUUAAUUUGAUAAAUGGAAUAUAAGUAGUGGUAAAAAUUUUAUUUUUCUGAUGUACUUUAGUUUUUUUUUCAUUUAUUAAAAUCGAUUUAACAUUUAUCGUAUAUUUGAUGUAUUAAAAAACCGCCACAAUUGUUUGAACGAAUCAACAUGGCGUCGAUAUUUCUAAGAAUGAAAUUUUUCUGUUUUCAUUUAAUUUUCUGAUAGAUUUUUACUUGUUUAUAUAAAAAUAGAUAUAAUUUAUCUUUACAUUUAUAAGUUAGCAAAUUUUUUUUUAAUAAUUGAUUUAUGGAAAUUGAAAUAUUAGAUAAAGUGAAGAGUAAUAUAAAAUUUGUUUAUUCUGAAAGAGCAUUAUUUCCCUCUCGAUUGUCAUUUCCGGUCUGGCGUACAUAGUCAUAAAGAUUUAUUUGUUGUCAAAAAUAUUUUAUUGAUUGAUUUUUGUUUAGAAAAAGAAUUUAUUUCUUAUAAAUGCAAAAACAAAGGAAUAAAAUAUAAAGCGAUAACUUGCGAUUAAUUUAAAAUAUUGAUGUUUUUGUCGAUGUUAUUUGUACUUAUGACAGUAAUGUUACCUGUUGGCACAAAAUAGAAGUAGUUCCUUUUGUGCUCUAAAGGUAAUAUAAGAAAAAUUCGUUUCAAAAUUACCGCGGAAGGUCGGCAAAGAAGAAUUUCAUAUUGUAGUUUAGAGAAAGUACGCUAGCGCCCGUUUGAUGUUCCCGUUUAUAGUUUACGUUACCAUUUGUGUUAGUGAAUACCGAAUGUUAAAGCUUCUACACUAUACCAACGACACGAUGUUGGAGAUGUCAGUUAAUGUCCCUAUUAUUCCCUCAUUAAUUUGGAAAAAGUACAUAUUUAUUCAAAUAGUUUAAAAAAGCUAAAUACUAACCACAAAUCUCUUUUUUCUUCGAUUUAUAAUCCGUUGAUACAGAAUCAAUUCACCUAAUAUCAUAAUGAUUUUAUAUAACUUUGAAUAAUUAAUUAUUUCAUAUAUAAAACUUUUUAUUUAAACAAAUAGUAAUAUUGAAGUAGAAUAAAUAAAAUAGGAAUGUGAUUACGAUUAUACUUUCUUUAAAAAUAAAGAAUAAAAUCUAAAAAAAAAUAUUUUUUCAAACAGCACAGAUCUUGCGUGGUGAAGAGUUUACUGCUCACUGAAGUGGUGGGAGAAAACGACCAAUAUUUAUAGACUUGUGUUGGCAUCAGGAGCGCCAGCCAAUCAGCGCUAACCGCAGUGAAUACCCGGUCCAAUCAGCGCACGGCAGACCAAGCGGCAGACUAAGCUCGAACUAUAAAAUAAAAUUUCCCCACAGCGCACGCUCAGUUCCAACUUGGACAUCGUGAAGGUAACAUCUGCGUCGCUUCAAGAAAUUUUUGGAACAAAUUUUUAUUCAGCAACAACUGAUUUUCCCAGCUUUUUUGCAAUAGAAGAGGACAAUUCAAGAACAAAUAAAGGAAAUUUCACCAAGGAAUCGCACUCUCAGUUCCAUCUUGGACAUCAUGGAUGCAACAUCUAUGUCACUUCAAGAAAUGUUUUGAACAAUUUUUCAUUAGGAACCAUUGAUUUUCCCCACUCUUUUCCUAUAGAAGAGGAGAAUUCAAAGAUGAAUAAAGCAAGUUUGGAGAUGCAGGUUCGAGCUUUUUGAGGACUGCGAUGAAUUUCUUGAGUCAUUGCGAUAAGAAUGUAUAAUAUACACCAAGCAAAUGACCGGUACUUCAUAAGGAAAUGAAAGUGCGGAACGUGCCAAGAAGCCGGGAAUGUUGAACGUUUGCUGCUGCUUCAUGUUUCGUUUGCCUGUGUAUUUUUUGAUGGGUGUUUGUUGCGGAGCUGCUCCUGGAGGAGAUCUUGAAUGGCUGAGCGCAGUUCAAUACAGUUGGUGCAGUGCAGAGGAAGUAUUCGUCUUUUUGCUGUCAUCGUAUCUCUCUUUCAAUAGUGUGGGAUUUGUGAAAAUUUGUGCUCAAGAAAGGAAGAUCAUGAAAGGAAGGAAGGAUGUGGACGAAGAAAAGUGGCCCCAGCAUGCUGUCAUAUCUUUUUCCAAAUGUAGUCUAUUUUUUAUUUUUUUUUUUUUUGCUGGCAGCAUAGCUUCCGACCUGUGCAGAAGUGCAUGAAGAGACAGGGAUCUCGGGAGUGGUCCAAGAAGAAGCCAAGGUAGGGGCAUUGUUAUCUUUGCUCCAACGUUGGAUCGCCGAUCGGUGAGUGAUUUUUUGUUUAAAACUCUCCCUGUUUGAACUAGUUCAUUAAACAAAUUUUCUUUGCA